AUGGGUGAGCACGUCAGUGACCAGGAGGAUAAGGUCGACGCUACUACAGGAGAUCCUCUGGACAGCGUUGAGUUCACCCUGUGGGACAAGAAGCCGCCGAUCAAAGAUCCAAACCUUGCUUUAUUCCACACCACCUCGACACCCAUUCCCCCAUACUUUUGGGGCGGUCGUUUCUCGUCUCGGAAGGGCGACUCAGUCUUCCCGACUCACGGAGGAUACCACGAGGCGCGCAGUCUCAUCGGCGAUGGAGGUAAUCAACGACUGGACGAACUGACAUGCAAGGCCAUCCAAUACCUCUCCGAUGUCUUUGGGGCCAUCGAUCAACCCGAGGUUGUCGCAUCGAAACAUCUUGCCCGUCUACGCCUUUCAAACGACCUUCAGCAGUGGAGAGAGGAGCAACACAAACAAAACAGAGUGCUUCCGAGCAAGGGCUACGGUCUGAAGCCCGUCUCCAAGGAGGUCUGCAAGCUUCUAGGCGCAGAGAAGUGGCCGGCAGCCCUCGUGACCCACGGGGCGCUCUUUGGCUGCGCCAACAUGAAUUUGUUCAUGGGAGCAUACGACGCACAAACACUAAUGUCCAACUACCUGAACGACCUGGGAUUCUAUUAUGAACAUGGGUACCACAAAAUAUUUCCGGAAUUUGAGAAACUUAUCAAGAGUUCACUCACCGACAACCACGCUUUACAGACCCCCGGUGGUGCCGAGCGGAGAGUUGCGGCGGAGAUUGGAAUCAGGUAUAUCAAGGCCAAGGUCGAGCUGGAGGAACAGCACAAGGCCAAGGUCGGCAACCGCUCCGCGAUCAUGGACCGCCGCACUGCGCAGAUCGUGUCACUCUGCGAGAGCAGCUUACUUACUGUGGCCGGAGAGGCCGUUGCACGCGGAUAUGACCCUGCUGGUGUCAUGGCAGACAUGGUCUUUAGCUGUCCAGCAACCGACGUCGUCGACGUAGGGUGUGACCUGCACAACUCCGAGAUCAUGAACUCGUUUUUGAAUACCGCCGACUUCACUGACGCCGGGAUCGUCACCGAGGAGAAGCUGCGGCGUGUCUACGAUGCCUAUUCUCACACCGGGGCUCGCACAUUCGUCGACCGGUGGGCGGAGCCGUCUGCUCGUAUGGAUGCGCAGCUGUAUAAGUGGCACAUCCUUAACGAUAGACAUAGGUUCUAUAGGCUUGCAGUGCUCGGCUACUCGAAGUCGCGCAAGGUCGCCACGGAGCAGCGCGAGGCAGAUUUCGAUGAGGCUUUCGACGAACGCCUCCACACGACAGGAUUCAGUAGGCCUUUGAUGUCUGCAUGUGAUGGUGGCGAUCCAUGCAACGCCGUUAGACGACUGGCCGAGCAGAGCGAGCUCUCCUCCCUGGUGCACGAUGUAUGGUGGUACUUGGUGACUGGUCCGAUGGAAUAUGUUACCAGUGGCCAGGUAGACAAGGAACGCGAGGACGAGCUCGUCGACAAGCUGGGAUGGAUGUUAGCUUUUGCUUACUCCAAGGGCCUUUUCAUUGAGUUGACCUGGCUAUGUUCUCACGCCAGUCAUCACGCAUGGCAAGUCAACUAUAUGUUCGAGGCAGCCAUGUUCGGAAGUCUCCUGGACGAUGGGGCAUUGGGUGGAAAGCUGGACAGAGUUGAGGCGUGA